CCCAGACGAUGAUAAUCUACAUAUGGCUCGCCGCGCUCAUAGCAGCUCUCUUCCUGUACUGCCGACAGCUCUACUCUCGGUUUAGUCAGUAUGGGGUCAAACAUAAGCCGACAAUCCCACUGCUGGGCAACAUGGCGCCCAUUUUGUUCAAACGGCAACAUAUGGUUCAGUGCCUUACAGAAUUGUAUAGUGAGCAUCCGAAAGAAAGAUUUGUGGGUAGAUACGAGUUCACCAAGCCCAAACUGCUUGUCAAAGACCUGGAACUGCUGAAGAAAAUUGCCGUUAAGGAUUUCGAGCACUUUCUGGAUCACGCUUUAUCUGUCAAUAGUGUCGACCCACUCUUUGGAAGAACCUUGUUUGCAUUGAAAGGUCAAGAAUGGAAGGACAUGCGGUCAAUGCUGAGUCCAGCGUUCACCAGCUCCAAGAUGAAGCACAUGCUGCCGUUAAUCGUGGAGGUGGGAAACCAGAUGAUGGUGUCUUUGAAGAAGCAACUUAAAGAGAGUGAACAUGGUUACAUCGACUUGGACUGCCGAGAGCUCGCAACUCACUACGCCAACGACGUAAUAGCUUCCUGUGCGUUUGGACUGCGAGUCGACUCACACUCCGAGCCCGAUAACGAGUUCUACAAGAUGGGCUACGUGGCUACUAACUACACUUUCGGGCAGAUACUCAAAUUCUAUGGUUAUUCGGCGAUCCCGAGAGUUAUGAAGGCAUUCGGUCUUACCGUUCUCUCAGACAGCACUAGGGAUUUCUUCAACCAUCUGGUGAUCGACACGAUGAGGGACCGCGAGGAACACGGCAUCGUGAGACCUGACAUGAUCCACCUCCUCAUGGAAGCCAAGAAGGGUCGACUAACUCACGAAGAGAGUAAAGAUGCUGAUGCCGGAUUUGCGACUGUUGAAGAGUCUGAUGUUGGGAAGAAAUCUGUGAAUCGAGCCUGGACAGACACAGAUCUGACAGCUCAAGCUUUCGUCUUCUUCCUCGCCGGCUUCGAGACCAUCUCCACAGCCAUGACCUUCCUCAUGUACGAGCUGGCCCUCAACCCUGAGGUUCAGGAAAAGCUGGCGAAGGAGAUCAGGGAGCAGGAGAAGAGCGGCAAGUUCGAUUAUGGGUCUGUGCAGAGGAUGACUUACCUGGAUAUGGUGGUUUCGGAAAUAUUGCGGCGCUGGCCACCAGCAAUAGCGACUGACAGACUUUGCAUCAAGGAUUACAAUUUGGGAAAACCUAACGACGAAGCUACAACCGAUUACAUAAUGAAGGCCGGCGAAAGCCUCAACAUCCCCGUAACGGCGUUCCACCACGACCCUCAAUACUUCCCGGAUCCCUUCAAGUUUGAUCCAGAGCGGUUCUCCGAAGAAAACAAGCACAAAAUCAAACCUUCGACGUACAUGCCUUUUGGGAUAGGACCACGAAACUGCAUCGGCUCCCGAUUCGCCCUGUGCGAGAUAAAAGUGAUGAUCUACCAGCUCUUGCUGCACGUGGAACUGUCACCUUGCGAGAGAACACCCAUCCCUGCCCAGCUCACUACAGACACCGUCAGGCUGAGGCUAAAGGGGGGACAUUACCUGCGGAUGAAACUUAGGACAUAACCGCCUUUCGAGAAUUGUCAAGGAUUCCU